CAUUUUAUUUGAUGUACAUGUACUUACUCUUGUCUUUUCUUACUUUACUUCUCUUCCUCUUCUCAUAAGCGUCAAGUUUUACGACAGUACCAACGUGUUGACGGCAGCAGGGUCCGGUUACCAUAACACCGAACGACAUGGCGGAUGCUGCACAGUGUCCCGAAGCGGAGCCGGUUUUAAUGGACGGACCGGAGAAUUCUGGAUCCGGGACAGACAGCGGGGCCGCGGGGGCUGCGGGGGCUGCGGUCCGGGACAGACCGGUGUGUCUGAUCGUGUUGGGGAUGGCGGGAUCCGGGAAAACCACCUUUGUUCAGAGACUGACGGCUCAUCUCCACUCUCACAAAUCUCCUCCAUACGUCAUCAACCUGGACCCAGCCGUCCACGAAGUCCCCUUCCCUGCAAACAUCGACAUCCGAGACACGGUGAACUACAAGGAAGUGAUGAAACAGUACGGCCUGGGACCCAAUGGAGGCAUCGUGACGUCGCUCAACCUGUUCGCCACACGAUUCGAUCAGGUGAUGCAGUUCAUAGAGAAGAAGCAGCAGAACCACAGGUACGUGCUGAUCGACACCCCGGGUCAGAUCGAAGUCUUCACGUGGUCGGCGUCCGGAACCAUCAUCACAGAGGCUCUGGCCUCGUCUUUCCCGUGUGUGGUCGUCUACGUCAUGGACACGUCUCGUAGCGUCAACCCCGUCACCUUCAUGUCCAACAUGCUGUAUGCCUGCAGCAUCCUCUAUAAAACCAAACUGCCCUUCAUCGUCGUCAUGAACAAAACCGACAUCAUCGACCACAGCUUCGCCGUCGAGUGGAUGCAGGACUUCGAGGUUUUCCAGGACGCGCUGAACCAGGAAACCUCGUACGUGAGCAACCUGACGCGCUCCAUGAGCCUGGUCCUGGAUGAGUUCUACACCAGCCUCAGGGUGGUGGGUGUGUCCGCAGUGACGGGCAGCGGAUUGGACGAGCUCUUCGUCCAGGUGGAGGACGCUGCCAAGGAGUAUGACAGGGAUUAUCGACCGGAAUACGAACGACUGCGCAGACAGCUGGCUGAUGCUCAGAACAGGAAGCAGCAGCAGCAGUUGGAGCGUCUCAGGAAGGACCUGGGCGCCGUUGACAUGACGACCACACCUUCGACAGAGGAAGUGGACGUUGCUGGGCCCAGUGAUCUCAUCAUGACCCGCGGUAACCGUGACGACGAAGGCGAGGAGGAGGAGCUGGACAGCGACACAGAUGACAUCGACCACAACGUGACGGAGGAGAGUAAAGAGACGGAUGCCUUCAGGAACUUCUUGAAGGACAGGAAGGAGCUCGUUCACGUCCGAAACCAAAAGGGUUCCACGCCUGAAGGUUCGUGACCUCUGACCUCUGCACUGUGACACCCCCGUCCCCGAGGAAAUGACACCAAUGGAGGCCAGUCCUCGGUUAACGUCUGCUGGGCACUGACUAUUUCCUGGAACUGAAUCCAGUUGGACUCUGAGGAAUAAAUGUUUUAGUUUAUUUUCCUGGUUCCAUCAGUGCCCCCCACC